AACUUCUUCGAAUCAACCAUGAACUGAGUUCUACGUACGUUGGUGACGCGCAUGAAACAACACUGUCGGGUAGGUUUGCCACUGUUGUGAAGGGUUCACUCGAAAUCACGUGCACACGUCAUUAGUCAAGGAUUUGGCUGACAGUACGCAUUUCUGAACUGAGUUACUGCGCGGACUGCUGUUUAUCAGAAGCUUUCAAUAUAUCAAGCUCCCGAAUACCGAGCCCUGCAGUUGGAUACCGAAGAAACUAACAAGUUCAAACUGCUUCUCCAAUCGAUCGUACCAUGCAGCCGUGAAGCAUGGGUUGCUGCUUCAGCGGUAAGGAUUACAGCGACAAAGAACAGGAGAGCGAAGGUAUAUUCUAUACCCGACCAUCAAGCCUUCACAGCAGUUUAGCUGGUCAUGUCAAAGUUAGAAAUCACAAUUAAGCAUCAGCACCAUACGGCAAUGAAAUCAACAACGUGAAUGCGGGAUAUUCUGGCUUCAUUAAUGAGGAUUCCUGUGAAACUCUUAACUGAACGUGGCAAGAGGGGUCUCAAAUGUAAAUCCCAAAAUGGGGUCCCGUGGCGCACGAUCUGAAAGAUUGAAUCCGGCACAAACGCAGGGCUAAGGGUCCAUUCGUUAUUACAUUUCAUGACAUUGUACUUUAUCAUAAAAUUAAAGUUAUCGUUGACGUUUUAAGACUUUUUUCUAACUUACAUUAUCCAACUACCAUAAACAUUUGUUUCAAGAGGAUUUCACCACAUGUGUUUUUUCCCCGUAUUUUUAUCACUUUGUGUCCAGCCACACCAAUUCUUGGUCAGCCGCAGCCUCGAAGUCCAAAAAUGCCCCAGCGCACUUCUAGAGAUUCUGAUGAGCGACAAGGCCACAUAACACCAGAUCAAGCGCACAGCAGCUACCUGAAAAACAAGUUGAAAGCUAAAGAGGAACGCGAGUCAAUUCUUCCCUCUGCUAAAGACAGGAAGAACGAUCGGCCGACGCCGACCAGACACGGUGCAAUAACAGACCCGAGAGAGGCUGCCCAUAUCAGGGGAAAGAAGUUGGGAGAGGCCGAGGUGGCAACUGCAAAAAUGGCUUCCGGCGCCUUGAGGUGGAAGCAGACCGCAUCCAAACUGCAGACAAAGUGAUGCGCGAUUAGGAGCUAUGGAGGACCAACGCCAGAAGUCUCAAUGCAGCCAUUUGGGUGUUUAUUUUAUUUCUUUUCCCCAAAGUGUGGAGGGAUUCUCCGCUGAGUACGGGCAAGAGGAUGUUCACGUGGAAUGAUGAGCGCUGAGGAUGCAUUAUUUUAUACAUGAACACGUGGUGCUGACUGCAUGUGCAGGCGAGGCCACCAAACGCACAAAACGUGGUGUCACUACCAAGCAGCUGCAGAUCGUGAUUGACAAUGAAUACCUAUUCAUAAGGAACCUCAAUCCUUCUGACGCUAGCUGUGCACUUCCUGAGGCUCCAGUGCAAAUUUGUUCUCGUAUGACUUGACAUUACGCACGAUUCUAUAGUUGCGGCUGGUCUGCAGCCACUUCCGAUAGAGUUGUGUGUGGUUUCAAGACGAAACCAAGUAAUUCUGACAUUACCUAAUUACUUUAAAGGAAAAUGGCUACAGUUCCUGGAUAUAUUUCGACGAAAACGAAAGGCAAAAAUAGCUUUGGACGGUAUACUAGCGUAUAGAAUAUGCAAAAUUAUAUCUGGUAAUUGUGAUCGAUCAGAAGUCCUUUUUUUCAGUUCACACGCAAAUUGAAACGUUCAUAGGCCUAUUCAAGUUGUGAUAGGGUCAUGAUUGGUUAAAGUAUCAGCAAAGACACUACAUUACGGACUUUCAGCAGAUUUCUUUCGCAUGUGAAUGGUUGUUUUGUCGUGAAAAUCUUCUUUCUAAAUGUUGGGGGCACCUUUCCCGAUGAACACUCGUCACGUCAGCACAACACCGAGCGCGUUAGACGUGAUGACAAGUCGUAACUAAUCGUGUUUUGUCUAUGGACUUCAGUCGAGAUCCAUUGGUGCGGCUCUAGUAUAUUAAGAACACAGCUGGUCGAGUUCUAACUUAUCGAAUAUUGCUUGUGGAGAACAGAACCAAACCAAUUAAUUACCGACCGUGGUUACUCGAACUUACCCGUGGUUGAGGCCUGAUGCCUCAGGGAGGACAGGUGCGAAUGUACAUAACGAUUUCAGCAUUGAUACCGGUAAAAAUGAAUACUGAAAUAGAUUAAUGACAAUCUUAUUCUAAAAUGAACUUCAAAUUUUUUUAUUACAAGUUACUAAACUCAUUGUCUUCAAGAUUAAAAUACUUUUACCAAAAACUAAUCUGUAAUUUAAUGAGUCAUUUCUCUCUCACCCGAAUGUUCUUAUUGAACAUUGUUGAUAUUAAUGUUACUUAUUGGUUGAUUUCACAUGCAGUAAUUGACUUCUGCGUUGAAGGACAUGGUGUCUAAACACCCGAGGCUUCCGACGGUGACAUGCGUCCCUGAAGGCUAUUCCCUAAAUGAGCCGAGGGCGGAAAUCACCCCUCAAGUUUUUUUCCGAUACCGUCUGAGUUGUGUCGAGUCUCUAAAUUCAUUUGGUGACUCGAGUUGAGUCGAUACCUUUUCAUAUAGUGACUCGAGUGGAGUCAUGAGGUGAUUGGUGUAAUUACACCGAAAGUACACCGAAUGUGACGUUUUGUUGCCCAUCAUGUGAUGGUUCUGGGCUAAUGAAAAUGCAGUAUUCAAGACGGGAAUAUAAUUAUAUUACUAUUACACUGUACUUUAUUUCGACCGGAUCCUGCAUAAUUAGUAGAAGGAGUAAAUUGAGCUGUUUUGCAUUUUGAUUUGUCACUCAGUUCGGCAUCCUUAUGAAAAUGGACGUGAUUGUUAUUAUUUAUUUUUAUUGAGAGUUAAUUUACUGGACCAUUAUACUUAAAUAGCGCCCUCAAUGGGUACGGGAUUUCCCCGUUAACAUCAUGGCUGAUCAAUAAUCAUCGUGCGUGCCCGUUGUUUUCAUCAGGAUCGUGAUUAUAAAUGAUGUCACGCAGUAAUUGAACCUAAAUUUCACAUCUGAAAUCGACUGAUGUCCAUAGCUCCAGCAAGUUGCGGUCUUUGUUGGACCAUCGCUGUGUGUUUGAGGAGAUUCUACCCGUAGAGCAAGCUCUAUAAUUCUACCGAAAAUAUCAACAAUGGCUUCAACGGCUGACCCGCAUGAGCUCGUGUCACUUAUAGCCAACCUAAAAAUAUCCGGCGUGGUCAUCAUUGAUGACAAACAGUUUGACUGGGAAAACAGCUCAUACCUAGGACAAGGCACACAUGGGACAGUGUGUUGUGUGACAUGGAACCAACCCGGCCAUGACGCUGUCAAGGUUGCUGCUAAGAAAACUAACAGAGUGGAGUCAGUUAACGAGAUAAAAGUACUGAUGCAGUUAGAACACCCGAAUAUCAUUAGUUGUUAUGGUGUUGUCAUCACUGCACCUACCCUCUCCAUUAUUAUGGAAUUUGCCCCAAACGGCUCCUUGGAUAACUACCUGAGUAAACAUGCUGAAGAGCCACUGUCGACGGAUAAAUUUUUUCAGUGGUGCAUGAACUUGGCCCUUGCUGUUCAGUACAUGCACGACCAGGACCUGGUGCACCGUGACAUCAAGGCCCCCAACUGCCUCAUCUCCCAGGAUUGGGAGCUGAAGCUCUGUGACUUUUACGAUGCGAGGGAGCUGCCAAGGACAACCAGUACUGAGGAACGGGGGUCCUGGCCAUGGAUGGCACCUGAGGUGAUGUCCGAGCGGAAGUACUCCAAAAAAUCGGACAUCUACUCUCUGACGAUGGUCUUUUGGCAGCUACUCACCCGCCAGGAGCCCUUUCAUCACCUGCAGAACAGAGUUCAGGUUGUGUGGGCUGUCUGUCAGCAUGAGAGGCGACCUAUAAUUCCCCAAGACUGCCCAGAUGUCUUGGCAGCAAUCUUAACUGAUGGCUGGGAGCAACGGCGGGACAGAAGGCCAGAGAUAUCUCAGAUACUGGAAAGGCUCAGCCAGAUGAGGGCAGCAUUGUUGGUCACAAGUCCACAAGUCCCGUUAGUCCAGUCAUAAGCCUUGGGUGAAAGGUGACAAAGGACUUCUUCUAUCACUGUUCACUGGAAUAGCUCUUGACUUGGCUUAAGACUGGAAGGCCUGUGAUAGACUUGUAGGGACUUGUGUUGGACUCAACUACAACACUGGGACAGGGAAGUUGGAAUGAUUGUAACGUAACAUGUGUCAUGUUAUAACGUAGCCUGCCUUACAUCAUGCACUGUGAAUGAUGCAAAACAUAGUUGCUUGUCUUUAUAUUAAUAGAAGGCGCAAGAGAUCAGCAUAUUUUAUUAGUGUGGUACCUAUCUCAAGUGAUUUUCUAUUCUCUUAAACGUUUUCCAUUAGUUGGAUAAAGGUGUGUCCUGCAGAACUAAGAGAUGUCAUUAUUCCUUUGGUAGUAUGCUUGAAACUACACCUGUACAUUAUUUUUAAUCACUGGUGAAAGUAGUGCCCUCUUUUUUUUUUCUGCAUAGUCAAUGUAUGAGUACCGCAUUAAGGUGAGAGCAGAGAUUUUGGCUACAGCUGGAAAAUUCAACCAGAAACAGAUGGGUUUUAUAUUAUUCUCAGAUCCCAUUUAUAGGCCCACUAUUUUUUUUGGCAUGUGUAACAUCCCUGUGUGUUUCCCAAGUGCACCAUUGUUUGCAAGCAUUAACUUAAUUAAUGCGUGUUCUUAAUUAGAAUGUUUGAUGGAGCCUUAGAGAAAUACAAGAUCUUGGGGUGGUAGCAUGCAAUUGAUUUGACCACAGUUUGAAUUGUGAUAGAUUCAUCAACAGUCACCUUAGGGCUUCCUCCUUUCCCAUUUCAAGUAGGCAUCAUGAGAUCAAUUUUGUCAGGUUCCGGGAAUGAUACAGAUUCUGGAGGUGAUAGCACACAGUUGUUUUGAACAGAAAUUCUAGUGUAAUAUUUCCAUAUUGUGAACAGUUUUUAAGGUUUCCUUGUCAAUCACAUGAGAUGUUUAAGAUUUGACGGAGGUACUAUUUAAAUAAUCUGUCAUUUCUGAAUGACCUGUAGUGAUCCGGUCCAUCUGUAAUAUAAUUGGUGUAUAUAUAUACACAUUUAUUUUGGAUUAAAUUCUAAAAUGCCAAACUGUUUGGAUCAACAUUUGAUAGCCAUCAAGUUCAAACGUAAACUCUAGGCUAAAAUGUCUAUUUGUAUUUCGUGUCAAGAAUAUUUUAUGACUACAAUGUGUAUUUUUGUAAAAUAUUCAAUUAGCUUGAUCAUAUACAUGUAUACACGUACAUGUGCAGUGCAUCAUAAUUGUACUUAAAUUGUAAUUUGUAGGCAUGCGUAUGUGUUUUUUGACUGUUAUUUUCAACACUGCAGUUUUUCAGAGGACCUUGAUCUGGGGUGAAGAGAAGAGCUGCAUUGUUUGAGUGAUUUAAUUCUUUCUAGACUUGGUUUGUCAAGCAGCUUUAUUAUGCGCUUAUUAGAUCAUUUAGAUUGUAGUGCCUGAACAUUUCAGGAAAAUGGGGGCAAAGUAUACCGCAUUUAAUUAUCUGUGAUUCCCUUGCAAAUGGCUUUAGUAUUUCAUAUAUAGUCAAUUCAACAAGAUGCUUCGUAGCUAGUGCGUAGACCAAGACAGUAAAAUAAAGGUUGACUGUGGAAAUCAGA